AUGGGAAAAGCCGCGCGACGGUCAGUUGCGUCAGAUCCGUCGUCGCCGACCUUGUCCUUUUUGCAUUCGUCAACCACGUCAACUGACGCAUCCUCAUUCUCUGGAGCAUCUGCAUUUACUGACACAUCGCAUCACACCAUUGGCAGCAGCAGCAGCAGCAGCAUCUCGUCACUUUCAUCAUCAACACACUCGUCCUAUCAACAACCACCUAAAAUCGCAACACUCCACCCGAAAUUGCCAUCAUUGCUGGCAAAUCCCGAAUCCUUUGGUCAACUGGACGCAACAGGGACGCUUUCAGCAUCAACUAGUCCACCGCCGCAGCUAACUACACCGGUGUUCAGCAGUGACGGUAGAAGCCCCGGCACAGAUAGUGUGCCCGGAAAGAUAACUGAUAGCGUCACCAGCACGCAACGAAGUUCCUCGCUCUCACCACCUUCGUCUCAUCUCUGUAGCAAUCAAACGCAGGCGGACUGGAACCGAGAACGGCAGCGGAUGGAAUUCUACGCGACGUACGACGUGAUGACGGGCGUCCGGAUAGCGGCCACCCUCGGCGGUUUCUUCGGCCUGAUGGUGUUCCUCGUAAUCUAUAAAAGCCGAAGCCGGUCGACGGCCAAGGCACUGAAGGACCCGACGAUAGCGGCUGUCGCAGCCGCCGUCAUUCAGGAGGAAGAAGAACGUGAACUGCAGGAAGCCAUCGAAGCCACGGCGUUUUCUCUGCUCCAGGAGGAGCUGCACGUAAACUAUCCGGGCUUGAAGCGCGAUCGGUUGAUGUCGCUGGGUAAUGUCAGCGCUCCGCCGAUGCUGAACCGAAACUCUCGGUUUUCGUCCAUCGGCGGGGGGUACAGCAGUCUGCUGAACCCUCAGCGGCGAUAUUCCUAUGCCAGCAGCCGAAGCCAUCGGAACAGUGUUUCGGUAUCCUCGCGGAUCCUUAGUGCCUACAAUAUGGGUGAUAGUUUCGGCCAGGACGAUUAUUUUUUAGAGAGCGACGGCGAGGAAGCUGAUGACGAAUUCGAUCAGUACACUACGACGGUAGAUGUGGGCUAUCCACCAGGCAAUUAUUUGAUGGUUCCUGGAAGGGGGACGGAGUCACGACGAAGCAGUGCGAUGACUUGCUGUAGUACAGAAAGUUCUUUCCUAGAACGACGAUGUUCGGCCAUUACGUUAGGGUUAUCUUCUUUGCCACCGAUGUCGCGAUCGCAAUCGCGACGGCACAGUCGUGUUGACGAUCGUGGACAAGUUUUCAGUAAUGGUUCUACGUUAGGGGCAACUUGUGCGGAUUGGGAUGCGUUCUAUCCCGGGAUUAACAUUAUCGAAGCCACGCCAAAAUCUUCGCCUUGUCCAAGCGAACGAAUAGCGCACACGACUACGGGUUUAUCGGCGCGGGAACAGUUUGUCAGUAGGAAACGGACAUCCUACGAUGAAAGCUCGAUCGAUUGUAUAACUGCGUAUCCUGAUACAAAUGGUGCUGAUAUUAACUAUAACCACACACUGCUAAGGCAGAAUUACGGUAGUAACACUAGAAUAGAUGACAUUAGUAUAGGGAACCGUGAUCCUAGCAGCAGUGUCGUUCGUAGAGCUCCUCUCGCUUCGCUUAGUUCCUUCAAAAUGUCUUCGGCAGAUUGCCAAGACAGUGACCUACACAGCUGCGGGUCGGAUUCAGUUUUCGACGAUAGCUGUGCAGAUACCGACGAAGAUCUGCAGCAAUUUAGCACUGAUAGCGAUGAGCUCAGUAUUGCUGAUGAGGGCGAAUAUUCCGCCGCCCCGGUGGUAAUAACAAUACCCGGUUCGAGUAAUUCAGCGACCGGUUCCGCAGAGACUACUAAAGCUGGCGUUGCCGUUGGUGGUGGUGCUAGUAGUAGCAGUAGCAGCAGUAACCAGUUGCAACUGCCCCAAUACCAUGCUGUCCGUGGUACCGCUAGUGAUACUAUUUAUGUUGAUAUCGAAAAACCUAAUGAUACUAGUUGUUUAAGUAGUCUUUCAAAUAGUAAUCGUCGUGGUAAGUCGAAGCUGAAAGCUGAUAAGGUGAAUCUAGGGACUAGAAUCGAAACAAAAGCAAUCAUCGAAAGACAGCAACAAAAUGACAGUCGGGAUCGUUCUCCAUCUCCUCGGUCCCCUUCGCUGGCGGUACCACAACUACGCCCAAGCAUAUGUAGUUUGCCCAGUAAUCCACCUAGCAGUCAUUCAGUUAGCCAUUACACUAAAGAUAACAGUCUCACUAGGACGAACAAAAAUAAUAAUAACGAUAACGACGAUAAUAGCAAUCCAGUCGAAGAUGAAAGUAAUAAUAAGUGCGUUGAAGUUAAUGUUAUAAUUAAAAACCAUAGCAGUAAUAUCAAAAGCCCUUCUGUGAUUCUUGAACUACCUAUACUAACGAUAGACGAAGAUAACUCCCAACCGCCGCUGUCGCCAGUGGACCCUAGCAUACCCGGUCCAUCCCGCAAGUGGUCGAAGGAGACAUUAUUCUAGUCUUAUCCGUGUCGGCUUCGGCUGUUAAAUACUGUUACUCUUUUUCUCUUUCGACACCAAUUACCAACACUGUACUGUUCUUCGUAAAAGGAAAUAAAACGUUAUCAUCUCAAUGAGAUUGCAUCGUACACCAUUCAAAAUUCUAUCAAUCCGUCCAAGACAUCUCCUUAUCAACAGUAUCAAAAUUACUAAAGCACGGAACGGCAAAAAUGGAUUUUUCUUAGAUGUGAUGUGGAUUUUAGUCCAUUUGAUCGACACUUGUAAGCUUCAACUCAUUAAAGAUGAACCAAAUCUAAAUCUCACACUGGGAGGAACUUCAACACUAAACGCGCUAUUGAAUGUUUUGUUUUACAUUCUAAUCUAUCUAUUUAACUGCGGCGUUACAAUGUAAGCUCAAAUAGCUCCUGUAAAAAGAAGAGAAGAAAUUUUGAAUCAAAUAAAAAAAAAAAUUCUGAACAAUGUGUUCCUGACUACGAAACAACAUCAUCCAACCAAUCGGAGAAAGUGUAAACUGCAUUUUUAAAAGUGCUCAAAGCAGAACUCGAAGAAUCGAUUAGGCGAAGUGACUGUUACGCCAAUCGCUAGGUUAUUUGUAUGUAAUUCUAGAUGCUACGUGUUACAAACAAUCGUUAAAAUCAAACAUAGGACCUUAGGUAACGAGGAUCAAACAAUAGUGGAAUUCGAUUAUUUAGUACGUUCUGAUUAAAAUAAAACGAAACGAAAAAUCAAGACGAGAUCGCGGAAAGAGGAUAUGCAAUUGCAAACAUGUGCCUAAAAAUCAUGUAUAUUUAGGAAGGGGAGAAAAUUAAUGAUCAUAUUGCAUCUGCUAGAGCGAUAAGCCUUUAUCAUUGUUGUACGGAAAGUCAAAGGUAACAGUUUCCAAAUACUAUUGCUAGAAGCACGCAAGGAGAAACAAUAACAAGAGAAGCUACAAAACAAUCAUUCCGGAGAAGCUAACAAAGGAAGAAAAAUGUCACAAAAGAUAUGUUUGCAAAGAAAAAAAGUCCAACAAUGUACAGCACAAGUCAUGUUAUAUCGUUGCUCUUCAGAUCAACUGUUGAAACAUUUCCCCCCGUUGUCAUCAUUAUCUCUUGUACAUUCACACCCCAUUAACCUCAUUUCGCGCCACAUUUUCAUCCCACCCACAUUCAUACAGUA